CCGAAUAGAUUGCUGUGUACUGUCGCCUCAGCAGCACAUUAUCAUUCUCUCGCAUGACAUUCAGACGUCAAGGAGCAGUAAACGAAUAAAACCAUCAGCAUAUAUAGCAAAUUGAAAAGAGAAUAACUUUCAGUAAUUGUUCUCAAUAAACAAACCUACCCUAAGACGUGUGUUGGAAACAAGUAGUUGGAAACGUCAACAGUACCACUACUUAUAGCGACAGGAUUCCAGCAAAUCAAAUUUUCUUUCAAGCUUUGCCACUGCACUUUGGGAUAAAACUGAAAAAUAACGGAUUUGUCUCACCCUCCAAAGAAAGCAAAGCUGCUUCACAAAGUGUGGGAGUUAUAUUUAUAUCUGGAGAAAAGUAAUUUAAAGUUAAAUGAGUGUUAUUGUGUUGUCGACCAGAAAUGAGAGUGAAUGAAUGAAAGUGAUGCCUUACUCCUGUUAGAGAUAAAAUCAUAUACACACGGAAGAUACCUAGGUGGGGUGGAACGUAUUAAAUAAAAAAGGAUACUACGUGACUGUGCGGAGCAAGCACAUACCUAUUGUGUUGAUUUCCCCUUGGAAGAAGAAAAGUUGAGUCAAGUAAACAGAACCGGAAGAAGUGGACGACCAAGCAAAGAUUCUUUGCCAUAACUCAAUUUGAAGCACAACGACGAGUUCAUUUGGAUCCCAAAAUACCAUCAAGUUGGAAGGAAAAAUAUUUUCAGCAGUGAAUAAUUUCUUCACUGGUUCAACCAUUGCCAGGGAAAUUCGACAGUUAAUGACGCGACAUUCAGGGGAUUCCCCCGAACGGGAUUCUACAGAAAUAGACGAAUCUCUAGGUGUAUCUUUCCAAAACAACCAGAGACUUGAUAAUAUUCAAAACACCAUGGAAGGCGGCAGUAGCCAUCAUAACGACCAAUUUGCUGAUGACGACAUUGAUACUCAGCAAUCACCAGGUCAGUCGAAAAGUGCAGCGUCUAGUACAGAUGGAGUUUUCUUCACUUCACGACAGUACACAAAAAGUGGAAGUGUCGAACAAUCUAAUCGACGAUUUAUUUCGAAAUCUCAAAUGAAAGAGUUUCGGGAAGCUUUCCGGCUGUUCGAUAAGGAUGGUGAUGGUUGCAUCACCAAAGAGGAAUUGGGUACAGUGAUGAGGUCACUGGGACAAUUUGCUCGAGUAGAGGAGUUACAGGAAAUGCUUCUGGAAAUAGACGUUGAUGGGGACGGAAAUGUCAGUUUCGAAGAAUUCGUUGAUAUCCUUUCAAAUAUGACCACCGAUCAAACUGGUCUCUCUCCAGCUGAUCAAGAAGAGCGUGAAUUGCGAGAUGCUUUUAGAGUUUUCGACAAACAUAAUCGUGGCUACAUAACAGCAUCAGAUCUUCGAGCAGUUUUACAAUGUCUGGGGGAAGACCUUGACGAAGAUGAAAUUGAAGAUAUGAUAAAGGAGGUUGAUGUUGAUGGCGAUGGUAAAAUUGACUUCUAUGAAUUCGUGCAUGCUUUGGGUGAGCCGGAGGACUCACAGGAGAAUGAUGAUGACGAUGAAAUAACUUCACCAUUACCAACUCCACGUUCAACUUUGUCAUCCUAUACUGACCAAUUGGCAACACAUUAAAUGACGCUAUUUACGUAUUCUGGUAGAAAGGAGUAACAAAGUAAAGAAAUGAAUGGUUUUCGUGUAAUAUAGUUUCGGCGCUUUCGUGGAUACCUGUAAUCAGUAUUAUGUAUUUAUUAAAAAACUACCCUCAUGCUAUUUUAUAAAUACACUCCCCCGUUUGGUUUGAAUUCGAAAGGAGUCCUUCCUACAAUACAUUUCAUUGUUUGUGCACAAGCAUCUUUGAAGUUUCACCACACUCUUCUUUCCAUAGCUUGGCACACGCUUUUACGUAUUAAAUCGUUGUUUACAUACGAUAUUUCGAUUUGCUUCAACUAAAAGAUUCAUUUCAUUCGAAUGAGUGGACCAUAUUGCCAAAGCAUAUGCCAAAGGUGCUAAGAAAGAGGUUCGUGUUUCAAAAGUAGUCAAAAGUCAGCUAGGUUUUUUCCUUAUUAUCUAAACUCAAUAACUUUUACAUACACAUAUCUUCGCUACGUAAACAUAUUCGCU